AUGGUCUCGGGACAACAGAAAUUGGACUUAUCUCUCCUGAGACGACGACAUGACCCCUCGCAGACAUCCUCCGCGAGCCUUUCACCAACAGUUCCCACCCUUGAAUCACCGGUAUCAUUCCAGGCGUUGGCAGUCAGAGCCGUCUCCGACACGACGAUGACACAGCGAAACAAGCUCGAUAGGCCGCCCGCUAGGCCUUCCAUGUUUAUUGAGGAGACCGAUGAUGAUGAUUCAAUGCUUCCAAAAUUGACUCGUUGCACACCUGCAGACCCGAAGUCUGCCGAUGUGAUAGGUAAAAGCGUUGAGGAGGAACCAAUGCAUCGGACAAAGAGCCAGUACUUCGACGAACUUUUCAGCACACGCGGGCAAGAGCUGUCACUCAGGGAUCGAUUGAGUCAAACAUCAGUCAUUGUGGCUGAGCUUAAGCUUAGCAAGACGGUUACAGACGAUGAAACUCUUGUAUCGGUGAUCUCGUCUCGCUUGGCACAAAUCUAUCAGAGGCGCGAAUCAUCUAUGAUGGUUACCAUACAGCAGAAUGUAUGUAUUCGCUUUGGUACCUCGAAGGACCCAGCAUAUUUGUUGAAGGUCUACACACUCCCAUGCCUCAUAGGCUCUAUCACCAAUCUUCGCCGCACCGCCCUGAUCCAGUCAGCUCUUGGGGAUCUGCUGCAGAUUGAACCGUGUCGCGGUGUAGUUCUUUAUCUUCCAGUCCCUGAAGAGAACUUUGCGACAAAUGGUGUGACUUACAUGGGCGAAAUCGCACGCCGGACCGACGACGAUGACCCGGGUAUCCUCCGAAACAUCUCACGGGGUUUGAGUAGAAGGCUGAAAUCGAACAGCGCCCACAGCGCGCCUCGUUCUGAGGCAACAACCUCUUCAUGGGAUCCUGAAACUGAUGCUCGAAUGUCAACAUCAGCGAGAGGAAAUGAUUCGUUGCACAGCGAGGGCUCUCGAGAAGUGGACGCGUUAAGCCACGGCAACAAUAGAGGAUCCAAGAGUCUGCGACACUUCCUUUCCCGUCGCGUGCAGAAUCCUACUGGAGGAGUAGAGGACAAGCGGUAA